CCGCCGGAGCGGAGCGGAGCAGCGCUGCCAUCCCGGAGCCGUCAUCCCGGAGCCGCCGUCCCGGAGCCGUCAUCCCGGAGCUCCGGUCGCAGCACGGUGGACCUGAGCUGGACCGACUGUCCGUCCAGAGGAGCCCGAGAUGAGCCGACACGCCGCAGACGCUCGGCCCCCUCCGCCGGACGGUGUCGCCCCCCCCGCGCUGCCCGGGGCCCACGUGCUCGACUCUGGAGCCGUGUUAUUCCCUGGUGCUUUUGAUCAACAUGGCUGCCCUUUGAUCGUGUUCCCAGUAGAUGGACAAGCCAGACUCUGCUCGGAACUCAGCAAAGCAGAAGUGGUGGACUUCAUAAAUUACUUUCUGUGUCUGCACAACAAGAAACAGGAGAAGGAGAGUUUGGUGUCAGUGGUGGCUGAUAUGCGUCAUGCUUCGCUCCUUACGACCAGGCUCAUCGCUGAGACCCUGCUUCUGCUUGAGAUGCACAAGCGGACAGUCCACAGUGUGUACGUAGUUCAGCCCAAAAAGAAAGAUGUUGUCAAGCUCUGGCUAAAGCUCCUGGCUCCAGCAAAAGCUCACACCGCCUCUUUCAAGAAAGUCUUCUUGAAAGAAAUCUCGGAGCUCUCCAACUACAUUGAUCGAAGCCAGCUAACUGCAUCGUUGGGUGGCUACUUUAUUUACUGUCAUCAGAGCUGGGUAGCCUUCAUUAAGGAGAUUGAUGUGUUCGUCCAGGAGUUCCUGUCUGUGGUCCAGCAGCUUCCCUCAUAUACCUUCACCUUGCAGGCCCUGUCCAGGCUGCCGCUGCCCACCACUCUCAGAGAGCUCCAAAAUUUCUGCUACAUCAACGAGGCCAAGUUCCAACAGCUCAGAAGGGAGUUGGGGCUGGGUGAGCUGCUGAGGCACUGUGAGAGUGUGGUGGAGAAGCUGCGUUACCCUGAGAAAGAGCCGUGCUUCCAGGCAAUGGCUGGCACUGCCCUCUUCAUCCACACCAACUUUGACAUGCUGCAGAAGCACAGCAGGAUAACUGCAGCUGUGGAAACAGUGGAGCUGCUUUGGCAGCAGGCCUUUUCUCCGGCCCGUCUGCAGCUGCAGGCGUUCCAGCUGCGGGAGGAAGCACGGAAGAUCACAGAGCAGAUGGAAACGCUUCAUCGAGAGAAGCUCCAAUCUUACAAAAUGGAGAUUGCAAAGGAUGCUGCAAAUGCAGAGAUGUCGGUGUCCCAUUUUGAGGCAUCCAUUCACACUCCUGCAAUGGCCCUUGUUCGCAGUGCUGAAGAUUUGAUCCACACAGUAGCCGAGAUCCUGCCAUCGGAUGGUCAGAGCAGGGAGUGUUGGGUUCUGGAUCUUGAGAGGCUGAAGGACAAACUACGCUCUGCUGUGCACUUCAUUCUCCAAACCCUCAGAGCGUUUUCCAACUACCAUCAUCUCUUCAACAAGGCAAGCAGCUGGUACAGUCUGGUCCUCUGUGAGAACUUCCUCCAGGAGCUGGUUUCUGGUGUGAAUGUGGCGCAGCAGCACAGGAGGAUUUAUGGAUCGAUUCCCGCAUGGAGGCACAAUCUGUCCACGUUCCUAAAGAAGAAUCCCCCACCAGAUAUGGAGGAGCUGGUUCAUCUGGCUCAUCUGUCCAAUGUCAUCCCAGAUGAUGCAGUCCAACAGGCGGGCAAGCAGAUGUCUCGGCGGUGCAUGACUCUGAGGAACCUUGUAAUGUCUUCAGGGCCUGUGGCUGUGGGUCACCUCCAGCAGGCGUUACAGUGGCAGUAUGAGUUGUUGCGGGGCAGCAAUGUAAAUAAUUCCUGUGCUGACAGUGUUGCAGACAGAACGGUCAAGGAUAUUCAUGACGGCACUACAGAGUGCAACCUCAUUAAACGUGAAGUGUCUCCUUCGACUGCAGGGAUCGUGUCAGCAGAGGGCAAACCCCCUGCCCUCAGCUCAUUUGACUCAGGCAUUGAUGGAGUGGGGAGCAGCCACCUGGAGGCCUGGGGCGGGAGGGAAGGAGUGGAAGGUCUGUCUAGAUUAGCUGGCAACAGGAACUCCGUGAAACAGGGCAUGAGCCAUCCUCAAAUCCACAAAGAGAACAUCUCCAGUGUUUCAAAUCCUGAGAAUCUCCGAGAGGAGGGUGACUUUGGCUCUGUGGGAAACUCCUCCAGGGCCUGCAUCCAGAUCGUCCCCGAAGUAACCAAGGAUUCCCUCAACUUUGAGAUCAAAGUGAAGCGCUCAGCUGCGCUGCCUAAUAAUCCUUGGCUGAGCUUGCCAGUAGACGACCUGGAAAGCUCUUAUACUGUCACCAUCACGCACAACCCAACACCACAACGGACAGACCUACAGUUCCACCAUCCCUCAGACCCCUACUCCCACAGGUCUCAACAUGAGCCCACAGGGACGGACAUGUUGAGCAGUCCACAGAGCACGAACUGGAUAUUACAUUCACAAAGCAGUUUUGAAGAUUUUGAAUUAAGUCCCAUCUGCAACAUACUCUCCAGCACUAAUACAGAAGUAAGAGAGAAGUCCAUCUGCACCACAGAGGGGAUUCCUACUCUUCUCUGGGAUUCAUAUGACCUCCAUGACCAGGAUCAGGAUGCUGGGGACAGUUUGAUUGAUAUCUCCCAAAAGGACUGGGAUGAGAAGGAGCAGGAGGGUUUGAUGGAGGUGGAGAAGAUCCUGGGCCGGGCUGAUGAAAUUCUGGAGGAAGAAGAAAAUGUUUUGGCCCAGGAGGCUGUGCUGGAGGCCCUGUUGAGGUCAGAGGACAGGCCCAUUUGUUUGCCACAGUGGGACAGUGAGGACCAGCUUCCAAUGAUGUCAUCAGGUGAGUUGACUGACGCUGGUGUUCUUGGCCGUGAAGACUAUCUGGACCUUGCAGAAUCUGACAGCCUCAUCAAACCCAGAUCAGCUGGAUCUGCAAGAAGAACUUCUGGAGUUAAUGGGCACCUCACUGAAGAUAUAGGAGCAUUUCCCAGCAGGCUGGAUCUGCUGACGAAGCUAAGAACAGUCCACAUUCUGGAUGAGCUGAUCAUGGAGGAGAACCUGAAGAUCCGUGAACUUAGAUGCUGUGAAGAAAACCCCAACAAUGAACUGCUGGGGAGGAACCCCUCAGAUACAAACGAGUCGUCGAAUGUGAGUAAAGAGAGGGAGGCUUUCCGGUUACAGGUGGAAAAGGAGAAAAGGGAGGUGGAGGAGCUUGAGAGGAGUGUGGUCAAAGAGAAGAAGCAUAGAAACACGGCUCGAAAGGUUGUAAAAUGUUCUAUAAUGAGCAUUGCUAGAACUGAGAACAUGGAUGACCUGGCACUCUGUGAUGAGCUUUUAUCAAGGGGCUGUAACAGAGCACAGAGAGCACAAUACACAUCUGUGUGCCAGAAUGAGGACACGUGUAAGACUGAAAAGAUUCAAGCUGAAGUGGUUCCUGGUGUUGCUCAAGAUUUUACAGCACAUGACGGUGCGCCUCAAUGUCAGGAUGUUGCAUCGUCUGUGGCUGAUCCAUGUGGAUCUAACACAAGUACCUCAAAGCAUUUGUCUGAAGGCUUGGUAAUCCAACCUGAGGGACGUGUCUUUGAGAAAGAAUUAGAUGAGUCUGGGGAAAAUGCUACAAUAUGUAAACCAGGAGCUUCUUUAACCCCUGAAAUGAGGCCAGAUGACGGAGCGUCGAACCCUGGUGGAAAAUCAUUUCUUUCUCCUGUGCCUGAGCCAAGAAGAGCUUCACUUCCUGCCGAGCAGGAAACUCUGCAUUCCACAGAGCAGUUGAAUACAGCUUUGUCUUCAGGAGCUCAACAUUCUGGUUUGGUGCAACUUGAGCUACAAGAUGAAUCAGUGCCAGAGAAUACGACUGCAAAGACCUGCCACGUGUUUCUCAAUCCAAAUGUGAAGGACCACAGCAACAACAAUAACAAUAACCAGGGGACAUGCAGGCAUACUCUGGGUGACUUGUCUGAAAUAACCACUAAAGAUGAAGAGGAAACAGCAGUGGUACCUGCUUGUUCACUACAGAUACAUUUACUCCCAACAAUGGACAUCCAGGCUUUACCUCCUACUGAUGAGUGCCCAUGCCAACAGUCUGCACCACAGCUGCCUCCUGACCAGCCUCAGGAGUUUCACCCUGGUGGAGGUGAUGGGCCGAAUGAGACCUUGAGGAUAUCAGGCACCGGGUCGCCUGGGAUUCAGAUGAGAGAGAUGAUGGAUUAUAAGACCCCCAUAGUUCUGGACACAGGGUCUGGUUUGAUGAAAGCAGGAUUUUCAGAUGAAGAACAUCCAAAUGUUAUUUUCCCAACAAUUAUUGGGAUGCCAAAAUAUGAGGAAAUAAUGAAUGGUUACCUUGAGAGGGAUGUCUACAUUGGACAUGAGGCUCAGCACAUGAGAGGGGUCCUGGCCCUGAUGCACCCCAUAAAGAAUGGGAUCAUUCGUAACUGGGAUGAAAUGGAAAAGAUCUGGCAUCACACAUUCCAGCAGCUGUGUGUGGAACCAGAGGACCACCCUGUUCUCCUGACCGAGGCGGCCAUGAACCCCCUGGAGAACCGAGAGCGCAUGGUGGAGAUCAUGUUCGAGUGUUUCAACGUUCCCUUCACCUACGUUGCCAUGCAGGCAGUGCUGGUGCUGUAUGCCGCCGGCAGAACCACUGGCGUGGUGUUUGACUCUGGAGAUGGCGUGAGCCACAGCGUGCCCGUAUUUGAGGGAUACUGUCUACCUCACGCAGUGCAUCGCUUCCCUCUGGCUGGUGUGGAUGUGACAAUGCAGCUUACAAAGCUUCUGCAGGAACAGGGGGUGAGCAUGCGCUCCACCGCAGAGCUGGAGAUAGUGAGGGAGAUGAAGGAGAAGUGCUGCUGCGUGGCCCUCAACUAUGAAGCAGAGCUGAGUCGUGGGGGGUUGUCCUGCGGGGAGACGCAUUACACCAUGCCAGACGGACAGAUAGUCACCCUCUGCACAGAGCGCUUCAGGGCCCCGGAGAUUCUGUUUAAACCCGAGCUGAUUGGACAGGACCAUUAUGGGAUACAUGAGAGCAUAUUCAAGUCAAUCCUCAGCUCAGACAUUGACUUGCGGCGCUGCUUGCUGGGAAACAUUGUACUGUCAGGCGGGAAUACUCUGCUGCCUGGGCUGCCUGAGCGGCUCCAGGCUGAAAUCAAGAGCCUGGUACCUGCUGACAUGGGGGAGAGUGUUCGCAUCACCAGCCCCAAGGACAGGGACUUCUCGGUGUGGAGUGGGGGAGCAGUGCUGGCCAACCUGCCCACCUUCAGCUCUGCAUGGAUCAGUCAGGAAGAAUACGAGGAGUUCGGCCCACAAAUUGUCUUCAGGAAGUGUUUCUGAGAUGGAUUUCUGCGAGUCUGUCUUAUGUGUAAUCGACCACUUACACUUAUUUCACCAAGUGCAAUACACUGCUGUGUCUGAGCCUUUAUGACCUCUGUAUGUUUUUCUGUGAAGUCAUCAGUCUGGAUCUUGUGAGCUCCUAUUGGCCCCUACUAUUUACUUGCUGCUUGCUCUAUGCCUUAAUCAAUAGAGAACCACCAAUAAGCCAAAGGACGAGUGGCAUAUCGUUUCUGUCAUUCUUAAAUCCUCUUUAGCUGCCUUAACUUUCACGAUUUGAUAAAGGAGUUUUGUGUCCUGAGAAUUUAAGCAUGGGUAUAUUAAUUGAUUUAGGGCUGGCCUUUAAUCGAUGUCUGUCGACUCUGUUUCCAAACUGACGGCUGACAGUUAAAUGACUGUGUAUUUAUAUUACAAAAGUCAAUUUGGUAACAAAUGAUCAUUUUAUGUGUCAGACAUGACAGUUGCAUAAAUUUUUUUAUACUUGGGGAAAAGCAUCUGGUCACUUUGUUAAUUAAUAGCAGCAGUGAAUUACCUGUAUGAUGGGGCAUAAAGGACAUUGUUAAAGAAAUAAAUAGUGAUCCUAAUAAAUUUGUGAUAUUGUCAUAUUAUGGCUGUCUCCAAGAUAUUUAUUUCAGUUUUGUUACAAUUAGGUUUGAGGAAGUUGUGAGGGAACCAGGUUUUAACUUCAUCUACACAGUCAGAGAGGAAAUACUGAGGAAGCAUGGAAGUAGGUUUGGUGGACAGGUAGAGCUUGGUGUCAUCCACGUAGCAGUGAAAAUGAAUAUUAUAUUUCCUGAAAAUAUAACCAAGGGGAAAUCAUGUAAUAAUUAUUAAAAAAGGAGGGGCCCCAGGACUGAGCCCUGGAGAACACAACUGGUGACUGGGGAGGGUUUUGACUGGAUAUUUUUAAGAUGUACAAACUGCCGGAGAGGUAAGAUGAGAACCAGGUGAGUGAUGUGUUGAUGAUACCGAUGGAGGCUAGAGGGUCAAGGAGGAUGUUAUGGGAGAUGGUGUCGAAGGCAGCAGUCAGGUCAAGGAGGAUGAGUAUGGAGAAAAAACCAUACAGCAGCUAACAGCAGGUCAUUGGUGACUUUGACUAGUGCUGUUCCUGUGCUGUGGAGAGGACGGAAACCAGAUUGAAACUUUUCAUACUAGAGGUCAUUGUUGGGAUGAGUUGGGAACUGUUUUUUUCCAAGAUUUUAGAAAUGAAUGGCAGGUUGGAGAUCAGUCAGAAAUCCGUUAGAUCUGGGUGUUUUGCACCAGGUUUGUUAUUGGAGUUACUGGAGUUAUUGCAGUGGUUUUGACAGAGGAAGGAACAUGAGCUGAAAUAAGGGAGGAGGAGUGGAUGAUUUGGAUUUUCGGAUGAGAUCAGAUAUUUUAGUGACAGUUGGGAGAUGUAAACUAGAAAAUAAAGAAAAGGGGGGGGCGCAGAAGAAAGGUGGAUGAAGUGCACUAUUGUCUGUAUUAUGUGAGGAGGGGAGUUGGUGGUGAAUGUUUUCAAUUUUGGUUUUGAAAAAUUAUUUUUAAUACUCAUUAGAUACUGUGAUUGGAUGUUUGAUGUUGUAAUGAUAACUGGAGGAAAGUACAGUAAGGAUUUCUAGAAAACAGAAGCUGAGUCACGUCUCAUCUGUUUAUUUUCCUACAUGUUUUUUCUUCAGCCACGGUAAUGAAUGUGAAGUACAGGAGUGGUCUGGUAAUGCUUAUCACUUACAGGUACAGUGUUUUUCUAAAGUUGAAUGCAGUGUCUAUCUUCUCAUUUCAGUUGCCUGUGUGGGAUUUGUGUCACUUGCACAGUGGCAUUGGGCACUGUUUUCAUCUAAUGACCAUGACCCUCUGAAAAUCCUUCUGUCAACCCUCUGUACAGUAUUUAUACUUUUCCUGUGCCUGAAAUUAUUUGUAGGGACUUUUUGCAUGUGUUUCAAUGUAUUUUUUGUAAUAUGAUGGGGUCGUCAUGUGACCUAAAGCUCUUAAGUGGCAAGAAGAGUCGAAUGUGACAGAAGUGUCGUGGGGACGAGCAGACAGGAGCUGUUCAGGCUUUGUCUGGCUGUAGUUUGUAGUGAAUAGGCCCUUUGUCUGGGCCGCCUCCUGUGAAUAUGUUUCAUCUCAACCAUGUUAUUUAUGUCAUGUCUGUUUUUAUAAUAAAUAUUUUAAUCAUGA